CGUCAUUCACUACAUCUACUAUCACGUGAUAUCAGCGCUAUUCCAUUACAUAUUAUUUUAACACCCCCUGUAAUUUUCAAUAAAAUACAAAGAAUGUCACUCAUCUUAACAGCGUUACGUGGAACGAAUGCAAUAUUUCGUACCAGUUACACUAACAAGGUUUUAACACCGCGGUGUCUUUCCGUGAGCUCACCUGUCCUCAGCGACGCAGAGGCAACCCCUGAUAAGCCUAAGAAAGCUAGAGACCCAGCUAAGGAUCGAUCUGUAAAACACUCGUACGAAACAAGCAUCAGAUACCUCGCCAGCAACGCAUAUCACACCACUUACGGAACUGAUCCUGUAUGGAAACAAUAUAGGAGGAACCACAAGGGAGCAAUACCGCCAAGAAAAACAAGAAAAACUUGCAUUAGAUACCAGCAAAUUGCAACAGGAAGCCCCUGCCCAAUUUGUAGAGAUGAAUAUCUUGUUUUAGAUCACAGGAACCCAGAGUUGCUGAAACAGUUCAUUUCCGAACACAAUGGCGCCGUUCUAAGUUACUCAAAAACUGGACUUUGCCAAAAAAAACAUCAGGAGUUACUUGUAUCUAUCGCAAGAGCAAAAAACUUUGGAACUAUAACGUAUGAUGUACCCUUCAGACAAUACGAUUACUCUGAAUGGUACAAGCCAGACUCUAAUGCCUAAACUAGAUCGUUUCAUGCUCUGAAAACUUAAAAAAAAAUCUGAUUAGUAAUAUUCAGUAAUAAAUGAACCCGUGAACAA